CCCAACCCUUUCUCUUCACUCUUCAGUCUCUUUCUCUCUCACAGACUCCAAAGCUUUCUCUCUCUAAAAUCUGUUCAACUUUUUUUUUUUUCUUAUUUUCUCUUUCUAAAGACGACAAGAUUUUUGAUAUAUUUUGUGUAUAGGAAGUCGUCGUGCAUUGUAAUUUUUGUAAUGGAGAUGGGGGACUUCUUCGUCGGAGGUUAUUACGGCGGCGGAGCUGCAGGUGAUUUCUCGCCGGAGAAAAGGAUGUCCAUGGUGGAGGAAAAGCUGGGGGAGAAUUUCAUCGUCGACGACCUCCUCGACUUCUCUAACGAAGACGCCGUUAUCGGCGACGGCUUGGUGUUCGAUAAUGUCGCGGGUAAUUCCACCGAUUUGUCCACCGUCACUUGCAAUUCUUCAGUGUCCGGUGGCGAAAAUCACUUCUCUUCCGCUAAUUUCACUCACUCCUCUCAGUUCUCCGGCGAACUCGGCGUCCCGUACGAUGAAUUGGCGGAACUUGAAUGGCUUUCAAAUUUUGUUGAAGAUUCAUUUUCAACGGUCCCGAAUUUACAAAGCAACCACCAAAUUUUUGCUUUACCCACACCCGAAUCCUCAUCUUCCUCAACCCGAUCCGAUUCAUUACCUCGGAGCUCGACCGACCCGAUUUUCAAACACGGGGCUCCGUUACCAGGGAAGGCCCGAUCCAAGCGUUCAAUGAACGCACCGUGCGAUUGGUCGACCCGAGUCCUCCACUUAAACCCGAAACCGACGGGUCAUAAGAAUAGGGAUAACCCGAACGGAAAUUCGGAGUAUUCGGGUCGGAAAUGUUUACAUUGUGCGUCGGAGAAGACACCACAAUGGAGGACGGGACCGAUGGGUCCGAAAACGCUGUGUAAUGCGUGUGGUGUGAGGUACAAAUCGGGUCGGUUGGUACCCGAAUACCGACCCGCUGCGAGCCCGACGUUUGUGUCAACGGAGCAUUCGAAUUCGCAUAGGAAGGUUUUGGAGAUUAGGAGGCAAAAGGACAUGCAGCGAGGGGGACAGGGUACACGGUUUCUUAGUCAAACUUCAGUUUUCCCCAUAUCCAACGGUGGUGAUGUUGUUGAUGAUUUUUUGAUCCAUCAUAAUGGUGGGCCACGAUUUUAGGUGCAUGAUUUAGUUAGAGUAUCAAAUAAAAUAGGGUAAAAAAAAAAGAUCUUAUUUGUAGCCCAUUACUUAAA